AUGGUGAGAUCUUUUACUUCAACUUCGAGACAGGAGAAAGCGUGUGGGAUCACCCCUGCGACGAGCAUUACCGCAAGGUCUACGAGAAGUACAAGGCAUUUUCGGCAAGUUGUUCUGCAGGUUUGUGAUGCAUUAGGAUUUGCUGACUUGCAUUCAAACAUAUUCAUUUUGUACACUGCAUAUGCCCCGAGCCAUACAAACGAACAAUACGCUGAAAAACCGAGGCUAAGAAAGAGGCGGACCGAGCUACAGGCAACGACAAGAAGAGCCUCGGAUUGCAUGGGCCCUGGCUUCGGGGGAGCCAUGGUUCUUUUGGAAUGGCUAUAG